AUUGGAAAUGCCUUUGUCGACUACAUAGCAAAUGCAAAGGGUACUAUUGAAUAUCUUUGGAGCCAUGCACUUUUCUCAGACGAAACAUACUCAGACAUACAAAGAUACUGCAAUUUUUCAAAUCGUAGUGCCUCUAAUAAAUGCGAUCAAGCUUAUGAAAUGGCGUUUAAUGAAAUUGGCAAUAUUAGUGGAUACAACAUCUAUUCUCCACUUUGCCAUGCUUCUCCAGGACAAGCCAAGGCUGCAACUUACCCUGGUAGUUUUGAUCCUUGCUUGGAUCACUAUAUGGAGACCUACCUAAACAUUCCAGAGGUACAGAAGGCUCUCCAUGCAAAUAUUAUUAAAUGGGAACCUUGCAGGCAAGUCAGAAUGUGGAAUGACAGCCCAAAGACAAUCUUACCAACAAUCAAAAAGCUUAUUGGAGCGAAGUUAAAUAUAUGGAUGUACAGUGGUGAUUUAGAUGCAGUGGUUCCAGUAACUGAUACUAGAUAUUUCAUCAAGAUGCUUGAACUCCCAGUGAAGAGUAGAUGGAAAGCAUGGUACCAAGAUGAUGAGGUUGGAGGUUAUGUAGAGCAAUAUGAAGGAUUGACACUAGCAACUGUAAGAGGGGCAGGACACCUGGUUCCACUUUUUCAGCCUAGAAGAGCUUUGGCGAUGAUCACCGCAUUUCUCCAAGAGAAAGUUCCCGCUUAAUAU